GGAGAAACCUUCCUUUAGCCAAACACCCAGAGUCAGUCCCUUCCCCCAUUAAUUUAGCAAUGGUAGAGUCAUCCUCUUCGAGAGCAGGGGGUGAUAAAAUAUUGAGCAUGAUGAUAGAGAAUAAUCCACAAGCGAAUCCGGUUCCAUUGUUGAAUGAUAGAGAGUGGAGCUUGAAGAUUAGCCCUGAGGGUGAGACUAUUGUUAAGCACAACAAU